AGAAAGCAAAAAGGAACAAGAUGAAGAAACGAAAUAAGAAAAGAAGAAGAGGAUCAAUCUGCGAGAGAAUCCUCGUACUUUCUUGAAAUUCUUUGUCAAGAUCAAAUCACGGACCUUCCGAACGAGUCGCACGAGCACGGAAUACAUAGGACGGAUGUCCACGCACGAUCGCGCACAGUCCUACGAAAUCACCCAAGUACGAGUGCAGUCACGCGUGUGCGUCUACGCGAACACAAAGAAAAUACGUAUGACGAAGAGAAUAUUGAGAGCGGGGACAACCGAUGCCGAUUGGUAUAAAGUCUGCUCGCUCGGUCCUUCUUAGCACGCAGUCUUCGGGGCAGCAACCAGCAAACGUCCAGACUCCAAUUACCAUGGAUUUCAAAACUCUUAGUUUUUUUACGACUCUCCUAGCCGCCUGUCACGGAGGCCUUCUGCCUGGAGCAACCACAGCAGUGGGACUUGCUGCUGCACCAGCCGCGGUUCUUCGAACAGAGAAUUACGAUCCGAAUCCUCAAUAUAGUUUCAGUUAUAGCGUCGCUGAUGGACUUACUGGUGACAACAAGGCUCAAGAAGAAACACGCAGUGGUGACGUCGUUCAGGGUAGCUACAGUCUGAUCGAACCAGAUGGUUCUCGACGAAUUGUCUCGUACGCCGCUGAUCCGAUCAACGGAUUCAAUGCCGUCGUACAGAAGGACCCUAGCGUAACCGUAACGAAGACCGCCGUAGCUGCACCAGUUGCACCGGUCGCUGCUGUAGCCGCUGCUCGACCUGCUGUGGCAGUCGCAGCACCCCAACUUCUUGCUCGUCCUGCAUCAGUCCUUGCAGCUGCUACAGCACCAGCCGCGGUAGCUCUUCGUCCUCAGAUUGCUCUUGGCGCACCCUUGCUUCGAUCCUCUCUGGUUGCCGGCUCUGCUCUGGCAGCGCCUAAUGUACUAACUACGAAUCUUGGACUUGGACUUGGACUUAGGACAGGAUCGCUCUACGGUACGCAAGCUCUUCUAGCGGGUGCUUACGGCGCCGGUGGCAUCGUGAAGGUUCAUUAGACCCGAUAACUCCUCGUUCGGCUCGGCUUAGCUCGACGACACGACCAUGUCUCGCUCCCACUCGCACUGUUGUUAUUAUAACGUUUGCUCUUUGUGUCUUUACUCGCGACGCGAUCCCGCAAGAAUUUCUCUCUUUCCUCUUUUCUCUCCGACAAAGACGCAAAAAAAAACUUCUUUACUAAUCGUAUUUUACAUAUCUACAUACAACCUCCGAUCAUCGGUUUCUCGUAAAACAACCAACCACUUUA